ACACCAAGUCCUGGCUGGUGAUCUCUUGUUGAUAGCUUUUCCUUCUCGUUGCAGGAAUCAUGUUUCUGGAAAUUCUCCUCGCCUCAGUGCUGGGCUUUCUCAUCUACCGGUAUAUCUCCUGGAACAAGGAGGAAACUUUGGCACUUGAAGAUGGGUGGUGGGGGCCCGGGGCAAAGCCCACAGCCAGGGAGGACGAGAGCAUCCGCCCCUUCAAGGUGGAAACGUCAGAUGAGGAGAUCAAGGACCUACACCAGAGGAUCGAUAACUUCCGCUGGACCGCACCUCUGGAGGACAGUCGCUUCCAUUACGGGUUCAACUCCAACUACCUGAAGAAAGUCCUGUCCUACUGGCGGAAUGAGUUUGACUGGAGGAAGCAGGUGGAGAUUCUCAACAAGUACCCUCACUUCAAGACAAAGAUCGAAGGUCUGGACAUCCACUUCAUCCAUGUGAAGCCCCCCCAGCUGCCCUCAGGCCGCACCCCUAAGCCUUUGCUGAUGGUGCACGGCUGGCCCGGGUCCUUCUACGAGUUUUACAAGAUCAUCCCACUGCUGACUGACCCCAAGAGCCACGGCCUGAGCGAUGAGCACAUUUUCGAAGUCAUCUGCCCCUCCAUUCCUGGCUACAGCUUCUCACAGGCAUCCAGCAAGAAAGGCUUCAAUUCGGUGGCCACCGCCAGGAUCUUCUACAAACUGAUGCUGCGCUUGGGCUUCCAAAAAUUCUACCUCCAAGGUGGGGACUGGGGGUCCCUGAUCUGCACCAACAUGGCCCAGCUGGUGCCUGGCCACGUGAAAGGCCUUCACUUGAACAUGGCUUUGGUUUUAAGAAAUAUCCACACCUUGACUCUUCUCCUGGGUCGGCGUUUUGGGGGUUUUUUUGGCUACACAGAAAGGGACAUGGAGCUGUUGUACCCCUUCAAGGAGAAGAUAUUCUACAGCCUCAUGAGGGAGAGUGGCUAUUUACACAUCCAGGCCACCAAGCCAGAUACUGUGGGCUGUGCUCUGAACGACUCUCCCGUGGGCCUGGCUGCCUAUAUCCUGGAGAAAUUCUCUACCUGGACCAACUCAGAAUUCCGAAACCUAGAGGAUGGAGGCCUGGAGAGGAAGUUCUCCCUGGACGACCUGCUGACCAAUGUCAUGCUCUACUGGACCACAGGGUCCAUCGUCUCCUCCCAGCGCUACUACAAGGAGAACAUGGGGCAAGGCCCCAUGGCCAAUAAGCAUGAGCGGAUGAAGGUCUUUGUACCCACUGGCUUUGCUGCCUUCCCUUCGGAGAUACUUCACACCCCCGAAAAGUGGGUGAGGGUCAAGUACCCCAGCCUCAUCUCCUACUCCUACAUGGCCGAAGGGGGCCACUUUGCCGCCUUUGAGGAGCCCAAGCUGCUUGCCCAGGACAUCCGCAAGUUCGUGACGAUGGUGGAGCAACAGUGACACCUACAGGGAUGACCAGGG